UAAUCUUUAAAGCAAGCAGCAAAUGAAACACAUUAAAAAGUCAUUAAAUGUUAAGUUUCAUAACUUUUAAAAAUGGUGUAUAUGUGGUUGCCUACGUCAUGUGCACAUCAACCCGCCAGGCUGUAUAUAACCUAAUUCACAAACGUGUUUUUAAAAAGUUAAGUUCUUCUGUUGUUAUUAAAUAUUGUUGGAGAAUAAUGUCUGAAUCAGCCUUCGCGAAAUAUACGAAGAAAUCGAAGAAGCACAAAAAGUCUAAGAAGUCAUCUGUGCUUUUGAAUGGAACAUCCGACGAGAAAAAACUCCUUUCUGGAAUUGCAGAAGUCUUGGAAGAUGAAUUCAAACUUUCAUCUCCGAAACAAAAGUUACCCAAAAAGAAAAAGCAACGAAAACUUAUAUCAACAUUAGCUAAUACUGACAACUCUAUAAAAUCCCCAAUUAGUGAUGCCAGUACUCCAAACUCCAAGAGAAUUAAAUUACAUCAUGAAGAAAUGGUAAAUUCAGAAUCAGGUGAUGUUGAAGAGUCUACAAAUGUUGUUAGUUUACUGAACACAGCCAGUUCUACUGGAGAAAAAGCAAAAAAGUUGUUAACAUGGAUGCUUUACCCUUUGCAAAUGAAUACUUUCUUUGAGACUCAUUGGGAAUCACAACCUGUACACAUUAUAAGAAAUCAGGCAAACUAUUUCAACUCACUGCUUACAUCCAAAGACAUUGAUUUGAUGCUGAGAGAACAUCCACUGUUUUUUGGUAGAAAUGUUGAUGUUGUUGAAUAUAGAGAUGGAGUUAGACACACAAUGAAUCCUGAAGGGAGGGCUACACCCUCAAUUGUUUGGGAUGCUUAUGCACAGGGUUGUUCUGUUAGGAUUCUCAAUCCUCAAACUUAUAAUGACAUUGUUCAUUUUGUGCUAGCUACUUUACAGGAGUAUUUUGGUACAAUGGUAGGAGCUAAUGUAUAUUUGACACCAGCUGGCUCACAAGGAUUUGCUCCACAUUAUGAUGAUAUUGAAGCAUUCAUCAUUCAACUUGAAGGUAGAAAACAUUGGAAACUGUACAAACCCUUACUUGAUGCUGAUAACUUGGCACGUGUUUCAAGCAAAGAUUUCUCCCGUGAUCAGCUGGGUCCUCUUGUUUUUGACGCUGUGUUAAACGCCGGAGAUAUUAUUUAUUUUCCACGUGGAAUGGUACACGAGGCAAAGACUUUACCUGACGAACAUUCACUACACAUGACGAUUUCUUCUUAUCAGCGUACCUGUUACGCUGAUUUAAUGGAAGUCUUGCUUCCAAGUGCCUUGCAAUCAGCUUGUGAAACAGACAUUGAAUUUCGUAGAGGUUUACCUUUACAAUACCUAAAACAUGUAGGUGUGACGUCUUCUUCAAAGCAAACACCUGAGCGUAUUGCAAUUCUAAAAACUGUUCAACAUUUGUUCCUUAAAAUAGCGAAUAAUUUAAAUGUUGAUGAAGCAGCAGAUGUGCUGGGACGUAAAUUCAUGCACGACGCUAUGCCACCAGUGCUGGAUUUAGCAGAGAAACAUUGUUCGUCCCGAUUGGAUGGAGAUAAGAUGAUAGAUGGGAAAGUUAUUAAUAGAAUGAAAAUAUCUUUAGACACGCAAAUUCGCCUCACACGAUACUAUGCAUGUCGUUUUGUGAAUGAAAACAAUCACGGCGUUUUAUAUUUCUCAACUCAGAAUGCAAGAGUCUAUCACGGGGAAGAAGAGCAAUUCAUAUCUGUGGAUAUGGAAUUCGGAAUUGUAAUUGAGAUCCUACAACUGCAUUAUCCUGACUUUGUACCAGUACAUCUGUUCCCGAUUGAGGAGAAAGAAAAAAUGCUUGAUUUGUUAAUGCAGCUUUGGGAUUAUGGUAUUAUUGCCACCAACAAACCUGUUGCUUAAAAGCGAGCUGUUUAUUAUUGCGAUUAUGAGUAUCUAAUGAAAAUAAAUGUGAUUGUUAUCAAUUGAAUCAAAUAAACUUGAUUUACAGCAUCAA